AUCAAGUCCUCAAGAGCUCUGCAAUGGCAGGUGUUGCUGCAGCACCACAAUUUGAAGAAGUCACCUUUGCCAACACUGAAAUGCCAAGCACAAGCACCGGCAAAGGAGACACUCAGAAGGAAAGCAUUCCCAAGAAAAUCAUGGACCGGCCACCAAAGCUGUCCCCACUAACACGACUUUUCCUUGCUCAACUCAAGGGCAUUGUGAGGGAGGAGAACCCUGCGAAGAAAUACACUUUACAGCAGCAAAUUGGCCAAGGGACUUGUGGAACUGUUUUCCGAGGAGUUGACAUUGCCACAGGAGGACAGGUGGCCAUCAAGAAGAUUUUUCUCCGCGACAGAAAGAACAAAAGGGAGCUAGUUGUAACUGAGGUUUCACUCUUGAGUAGCGUGAGGCACCCCAAUAUCAUUCGGUAUAUAGACAGCUACGUUUUCAAUGAAGAACUCUGGCUGGUGAUGGAAUAUGUGGAGGGAUGCACCUUAGGCGAUGUCAUUUCCAAACAAGCUCUUGAGGAAGAGAUGAUAGCCUCUAUCAGUCGGGAGAGCUUUGUUUCUGUGUUGCUGUUAUGAUGUGGAGAAGAAAAGAGCAUCCAAGUGAACGGCCUGCCAGUCUCACUGCAUUUCUUGUACUCUGUUAUUAUCCUCCUAUAAUGUUGUUGUA